AUGUAUCCUUCUUCAAAAACUUGUAAAAAGAUUAAUAUUUUGUAACUAUAUAAUAGAUUUUAUUAAAUAGAUACAAAUAUUUACUUUUACUCUUUUUACCUUUUUACUUCCUUAAGAAAUAAUCUUUAUAUUGUUAUUUUUUAUUAAUUAAUUUAUUCAUUCAAUUUUUCUCAAAACACAUAGAAAAAUUUUCAAAUUUUAAUUAUUUAUUUAUUUGUCAGUUAAUAAACACUUUUUAACAAACAAUACAGAGGGAAGCAAGAGUGCGUACCAGAAGUCAUAAUUUAUAAAAAAUUUUUUUUUGUUAAUUUAGAUAUUAUGAAUUUACUAAAAAAUUAUUCAUUUUUAAAAUAAAUUUUUUACUUUCAAAAUGAGCAAUCUUUAUUUGAUAAAUUUUGA